UGUGGGUCCUCCGGGCGGCAGAGGGCGAAGCGGUGGGACCUCCGGGCCGGCUGAGGCGGAGCUGUGGUCCUCCGGGCGGCAGAGGGCGAAGCGGCGGAACCUCCGGGCCGGCAGAGGCGGAGCUGUGGUCCUCCGGGCGGCAGAGGGCGAAGCGGCGGAACCUCCGGGCCGGCAGAGGCGGAGCUGUGGUCCUCCGGGCGGCAGAGGGCGAAGCGGUGGGACCUCCGGGCGGCUGAGGCGGAGCUGUGGGUCCUCCGGGCGGCAGAGGGCGAAGCGGCGGAACCUCCGCGCCGGCAGAGGCGGAACUGUGGUCCUCCGGGCGGCUGAGGCGGAGCUGUGGUCCUCCGGGCGGCAGAGGGCGCGGCGCCGUGCCGUGCCGGGAGGACAGGAGGUGGCGGCCGUAGGCGGAGGCCCCGCGGACCGGAGUUGGGGCGGCGAGGGCGGCGUGAGCGGAGCCAUGAUGGCGGCCCCCGCGCCCAGGAAGAUCGGCGAGGAGAAGAUGAAGGAGAUGGAGGCGGAGAUGGCGCUCUUUGAACAAGAGGUGCUCGGGGGCCCGGUCGCCAAUCCGCCUGCAGCCACGACAGCUUCAGAAAGCGUGCCCGUGGCAGUGAUACCGGUUCCCGUCGCUCGUCCGAUCAUCGGAACCAACACCUACCGGCAGGUACAGCAGAGCCUGGAGGCACGAGCUGCAGCUGCUGCCACGGUUAUGCCUCCCAACGUGGGACCGCCACCCCCCUUUGUGGGGCCAGUGAUGCCUCCUCCGAGACCUCCCUCCAUAAUGCGCCCAGUGUUCGUGCCGCACGUGUUACAGAGACCAGCAGGUCCACGAAUGCCCCCCAUGCGACCCCCACCACCCCCACCGCUGAUGGGCUCUCCGAUGCGGACGCCCCCUCCGCUGAUGAUGGGCCACCCGAUGCCCCCUCCCCCUCCGAUGGGACCCCUGCCGCCCGUAAGUUUCAGCAGUGUCACCCACCUGCCCCCGAUGAUGCCCGUACCUCAGCCGGUGCUGCAGCCGAUGCCCAAAGCCAACCUCACCAUCAUCCAGGCCGCGCCCACCGUCUACAGACCGCCACCCUCCAAACCCAAAGAGGUGGAGAUUCCUGAACCCCACCACCCUCCCCAGCCCGAGGAGAAGGAGCCUCUGCCCUCUGAGGACAAUCUGAUUGGACCCAGCAUGCCCGAACCCGAACCCCCGCAUGAGGUUGGGGAGGUGGCCACUGAAGAUAAGAAGAAGAACAAACAGGAGAAGGUGAAGAGGUGCAUCCGCACGGCCGCAGGAAUCUCCUGGGAGGAUCCCAGCCUCCUGGAGUGGGAGAGUGAUGACUUCCGGAUUUUCUGUGGGGACCUUGGGAAUGAAGUGAAUGAUGACAUCCUGGCUCGAGCUUUUGGAAAGUACCAGUCAUUCCUGAAAGCCAAAGUCAUCAGGGACAAACGGACAGGCAAGACAAAGGGCUAUGGCUUUGUCAGCUUCAAGGACCCGAACGACUACGUCCGUGCCAUGCGUGAGAUGAACGGGAAGUAUGUGGGGAGCCGUCCCAUUAAGCUGAGGAAGAGCAUGUGGCGAGACCGGAAUCUGGAUGUGGUGCGGAAGAAACAGAAGGAGAAGAAGAAGCUGGGUCUGCGGUGAGGAAGGGCAGAGGGCUGGGGUGCCUCGUGUGAAGUAGGAGGUCCCGCCUCAGCUCCAUCCUCUGUUGGGCUGCAGGACCUCGCCUUCUUCCGCACCACCACCCCUGACAGCAGGGUGCGCUGGCUGAGCACUAGGACAAGGCCUUGGCUGCCACGCCUUCCCUGAUGGUGGCCAGGUUCCCGUGGGGAUCGGGCAUCUCCACAGCUGACUGAAGGGUGACUCCUCCCUGCACUGGACUGAUGGGGUGGGAGAGGCAUGGAGUUGAAUCCUCCAUGGUCCUGCUGGUGUGGGAUGGUCCCAGUUGUAAAUAAAGACAGACAUGGGCACCACACACACAGGCAUGACACAGACAGAGAGAGAGACGGAAGCAGAUACACUUGGGGAACACAGUAACAUACAAACAUGGAACCCCCAUGGCCAGACCUCUACUCGACACACACAGACACUCACUGUCUGACAUGGGGACACACAUUAUGAGUAUUUGCUACUGUUUGUUGGCUAUCAAUAUAUAAUUUUCUGAGA